CUCGGCCUUGAUGCACUGUUUUAGACCUAUGGCUUGUGGGUGGAGCGCAGAAAACUUACCCGGAUGUUACCGUUAGCAACGUCAUGUAAACAGGAAGUAUGAACGCAGACGCGGCGAGUUUAAUUUUGCUCAGCCGAAUAGCGACAUUAAAUAUUGUUAUAAACUCACAGCGUGUUGUUUCAGUAUAUUUAAAUGAACGUAUCCGUGAGCUGUUGGGUUGUUCCAGUAGUUUUGACUGCUGUUUGUGGAUGAGUUGGUAAUAAUUUGAUUUCCUUUAGCCCCCCCAGCGUCUGGUGGAAGCUACAUUUCGGCUAGGCUAGGCUACAUGAUUUCUGGCCUGAAGACUUUGGGGAUGUUUUCGCUGAUUUCAAUUCAGUUUUCUGCACCGUUCGCGGAGUUUGGCAGGGGUUGGCUGUUAUUCCUCUUAGCUAACUUCAUAUUGAGCAGUUCGACAGAUUGAACUGGCUGGAUACUGUUACCAUGGGAGAUAAAGAGCUCAGCCUUAUUGACAAGCAGUUGACAAGUUUAAAAGAUGUUCCCCUGAGUCCUGCUGUUACAUCUCUUAAUCUGCACUGCAAUCACAUCCCGAGGAUCGAGGGCCUGUCCUCUGCCUGGCAUUUGCACUACUUAGACCUUUCUUCCAAUCGCAUAUCUAAGAUUGAGGGUCUGAGUUCCCUCACUUCCCUCAGGACUCUGAAUUUAUCAUCCAACUUAAUCACAAAGGUUGAAGGACUGAAUGGCCUUGUGAACUUGAAGAAAUUAAACUUGUCCUACAAUAAGAUAAAUAAUAUCACAGGUCUGCUGUAUCUUCAUGGCUCUGAGUACAAACUGAAGCACCUCAGUCUUCAUGCCAACCUCAUAGACAGCAUCGAUCAUCUUCUGCAGUGCCUACUGGGGUUACAAGGCUUACGCAGCGUCACUUUAAACCAGGAUGGUGGAGACAACCCCAUCUGCAUUGCACCAGGAUAUUGGGAAAUUGUCAUGGAGUCGUUGCCACAGAUUUCUGUCCUGGAUGGCCUGGACCGGCUCAGACAUCCUUCAUCUCCAGGAAUAAGCAGUGACAUCCCCGGCCUGGAUGACUACGUGGACUUUUUGCUUUCCUCUGAUACGAGCUACGGUGAAGCGGUUAGGGGUACUGUCACCACACCACGCAUUGACAAGGCGCUAACUCAGUUUCGGCAGCAGAUCGCCUCAGAAAAAACAACAGACACAGCCACAGGUCCAGUCACCCAACCAGUCCGUCAGAACUCUCAGCCGGUUUGUCCCACUGUUACCGUUUCACCUGACCCCAUCAAUGAAGAGCGCAUCAGGAAGCUGGAGCACCAGGUGUCGCAGCUCAUCCAGCAGGCCCCUGCAGGUGAAAAAGCAAGUAUCUCUACAUAUGCUCAGACAAAGGUACGCAAAGCCAAGAGGGACACAGACCAGACAUCAGAAAGCGAAUGUGACGGCAAAGAAAACAAAAAACACACCAGAAUUUCCAAAUUCCAUAACACGACGACGACAAGCACGACCACCCAGGAGUCCAAGAGCACCAGAUCAGACAGCGAUCAGGAGAAUCGUAAACUGAACAUGUCAAAGUCUGCUGUGGGGCCCAGAAGAAAGGCUGCUGGAGCCAGAGCCGCACCGUCCAUUUCUCAAACCUGGAAGCGACCUCUGAGAGCAGCUAAGACCUCCGGCGGUGUAACAGUCAAGUCCUCUCAGGAGGAAGAAACCUAUAGGAUAAUCGUGGAGGAGCGGGAUCAGGAAAUGGAGAGGCGUUGGAAGGCAGAACAAGCUGUGAGGAAGCUGACAGAGGAGCUGAAGUGCCUGCAGACAAAAGUCAGCGAGGAAAAAGACCUUCAGAGUAUGGCUCUGCACACCACAGACAGACUGAAGGAACUGCUGCUGAAAGAGAGAUCGGGACGCUCUGAGCUGCAGGCUCGUGUUGAGGAGCUGGAGACAAGGUGCCAGUCUCUUAGCCGGCAGCUGGAGCAGGCCCGGAGCAGUGAGGAACAACACAGGGCUGCGCUGCAAAGACUGGAGGAAACCGUCUCCCAUGGAGACGCUCUCAGGGCUCGCCAGCAGGCUGAGGAGAUGAAACGUCACCAGGAGGUGGAGAACAAGGCAGCAGCUCUGAAGAGGGAGCUGGACAUCCAGAAAGUUGCUGUCCGACAACACAAAGACAAACUGCAGCAGCUGCAUGAACUGCUAGCAUCCAGGGAGCAGGAGCACAGAAAACAGCUGGAGCUGCGACUGCAGCCCGGCGGGGCAGAUUUCCAGCAGGCGGUGUCAAAGGAAGUAGCAGCAGUGGAACAGAGACGUCAGCAGAGGGAGGCGGAGCUGCAGGAGAAGCUGGCAGAGGGCAGGAAGCUGUACGCUGCUCUGGAGGACGAGUUCCGUAUGGCGCUAACCAUCGAGGCAACGCGCUUCUCCGAGGUGAAGGAGGCUUGUGAUCAUAUGACUGCAGAGCUGAUGGAGCUCAAGACAAGCCUUGCUCAGUCCCAGCAAAAGGAGAAGAAAUCAGGCGCUCUGGUGCAGGAACUCACCGCAAUGGUGAAAGAACAGAAGACCCGAAUCUCUGAGCUCAUCAAAGCCAAGAAAGAUGCUGUCGCUGAGCUCAAGAACCGUGUGCACUACCUGGAAGCAGAGGGAGAGCAAAGCCAGCGUUUAGGGCUACAGCUCGAGACGCUGAAGAAAGAAAAGGCACGGCUCGUGUCUCAGCUCACAGCUCAGGAGUCGGUCAUUGACGGCCUGCGGGCUGAGAGGAGGAUUUGGGGCCAGGAGCUGGCUCAGCAGGGUGCGUCGUUGGCUCAGGAUCGUGGACGUUUGGAGGCCAGGAUAGAGGUGCUGACUGCUGAGAUGGAGACGCAGAGAAAACAGAACGACAGAGACCAUGACGCCCUUAGAAUCAAAGCCAAAAUCGUGGAUGACCAGACUGAGACCAUUCGCAAACUAAAAGAGUCCUUGCAGGAGCGUGACGAGCUGAACCGCCGGUUGAAGGAGGAGGCUGUGCAGACCCAAAAAAAGUUUCAGCAGCAGCUGGAGGAUGAAACAAGCCAGCAGGCUGAGCUGAAAGAGCAGCUGGUACAUCUUAGCCUGCGUAAAGAGGAGCUGAAACAGCAGCUGGAAGACAAAGAAGCAGAGCUGGAGGAUGCCAAAAGAGUUUACAGUGAUUCAAACAAGAAGUGGCAGGAGAAAGCAGAGCUGCUAACUCGACUUGAAAGCCAAGUGAAGCGUAUGAAGGAAAAUUUUGAUUCCAAGGAGCGCCUGCUGCUGGAAGAAAGAGAGAAAGCAUCAGAGGCGCACAGAGCUGCAGUGGACAAGUUGCGCAGUGUGGAUGAUGCUUUUCGUCGGCAGCUGGAGUCUGUCCAGGCUGCACAUCAAGCAGAGCUGCUGCAGCUGUCUAAUGAAAAACAAAAACACAUAGAACAAGCUAACCUAAAGGUAUAUGAAGUAGAGGAAGAGAUGCGUCAGCUCCUGGAGGAGACGGAGGCCAACAAGAAAGUCAUGGAGGAAAAAAUGAAGCGCCUUACAAAUGUGCUAAAAGACUUUAACACAUAAUAUGUCAACAACAUGACAGUUUUUAUGCUGAAUUUAAUUUUAUUUUUUUGUAUAUAUAUAUUCAUAUAUUUUUUCAAUUGUCUUUUGUAUGUCUUAUCAAAUAAAUUUUAUUUUCCAGAGAUACAACUAUGAACAUUAAUAUAAGGGACACAUUAUAUUGAAAACAUAAUUAUUUAUUCUCACAGACAAUUUUAUUAAUAUUUUACAACAAAUUAAGUUUUAUAAGAUGAAAUGUAAAGAAUGUGAUUUUGCUCAAAUCAAUUAAUUUUAGUCCAAUACAAUGUAAUAAUGUUGUCCAACAAGAUUAGCUAUUACACACCUGUGAAAAAUGUGCCUUGGUGAAAAUGUACAGAGAAUUCAAAACCCUGAACACACUGUCCCCACUAUAAAACACGGCAGUGGCAGCAUCAUGCUAUAGGUAGGCUUUCUUUCUGCAGGGACAACCAAACUUGGGCGGACGUUCUCUUUACCAAACAAUAAAUUCCUAAUGUUUGUUUUACAAAUUUAUAAUUUAAAGUAUUGUAAAGGCUAACAGUAAAACAGCAAAUAUUUGUUAAUGUCGAAACGUAGGAUAUAUAAUUGCUUAGCAAAGCUAUGUUGACUAGUUAAAAAUUUAAAUUUUUACAUAAAUUUAUGAACAUGAGUGUUUCUGUCAUGUUAUAUUUAUAGUAACACUUUUAGUAUGUCAGCGUUUAUGAAGCAUACAAUGUAUUUUUCUACAAUACUUACUAAAACUGUCAAAUUAUUUAAUUUGUUUGCAAUGUCGCUCCGUAUUGUUUGGGGCGGAGUCUAAGGGGAGGAGGGCACGAGGUUGGACAAGGGUUGCCGUGGCAACCGUAACCCAACGUAACGUCCGUUCAUUUAAAAAGACUACAGAGGCAAUGUAAAUGCUGGUCCUGUUAAGGUAACAGACUUGUAAUCUGUUAGUUGAGAGUAAUGGCCGUUAUCUGUAGUUAAACGCAAGCAGCUGACUAAAAGAAAAAAAAAAA